UCCAGACCUCAGAAUCGCAUUCGUCCGUGAUAUCUCGAACUGUGACAAUUGGAUUAACAGCCGACCUAAAAAAUAAAUUUUAUUUACUUCCUUAACAAUACCUCAGCAUCCAAUUAGUCAUAAGUCAUAAUAUAAAUUCAUCACGUUGCACUUUCAAUCUCAACUAAAUAACUAAAAAAAAAAAAAUAAACAAAGAAGGUACACAAAGGAGUAAAAAGUGAACGUGUUGUGAAAUCUUAUCUGUUGUUACAUAGUAAGAAAAAAAAAAGAACAAGUUUAAGGAAUAAGGAAUAAGAAAAAAAGGAUAAAAUGGUUCAACAGUACCAGUCGCCCGUACGGGUCUACAAGCACCCAUUUGCACUUGUUAUGCUGGCGUACGAGAAAAGAUUCCCCACGUGUCCACAAAUUCCUGUUUUUGUCGGAUGCGAUGUUACGAAAGAUGAAGAAAGCCAAGGAGGAUCAAUUAGAACCACUGAAAGACGAUGUAAACUCAAUGUUGAAGCCCCUUACAUUUUGAAGAAGAUAAUUGGAGUCGAUUACGUUUACUUUAUACAAAAAAAUGUCCUAGAUAGACGUAAUAGCAUUUUAGAAAUAGAAGCGUGGAAUGAAAGUUUUUCAUCCCGUGUUACAGUUAUUGAGAAAUGCCGAUAUUUUAUACACCCAGAAAACAGCGAAUGGACCUGCUUCGAGCAAACAGCGAGUUUGGAUAUAAAAAAUUUCUUUGGAUUUGAAAAUUCAAUGGAAAAGUUAGCCAUGAAGCAAUACGCUCAAAAUAUAGCCAAGGGUAAGGAAAUAAUUGAAUAUUUUAUUAAUGAGCUAAAAGACCAAGGGGUAACAUACGUAGCGCCGUGGGUUGACCCUGAAAAAAACCCUCCGAAAGAUGAAAAAACGAUUGAGACUGAAGAAAGCAAGGAUCAAAAUGAUGUUGAGACAGAAACAAAAUUACCAGUCAACAAAGAAAUAAAGUUAUCUUCUGAUUACAUAGAGAGAUAUUUAGGUAAACUAGAUUUAAUGCAGGAAAGUAAACUAUUACAACUACGUCAAAGUAUACAAGAAUUACGAGGUGCAUCGGUGCCAAAUGACGCUACAUUGUUGCGGUUUUUACGCGCCCGUGAAUUUAUGGUUGAUAAAGCUAAAGAAAUGUUGACACAGUCGCUUCAUUGGCGUAAAAAAUAUCAAAUUGACAAAUUACUGGAUGAGUAUGAGGCUCCGCGCGUCGUAAAGGAUUAUUUUCCUGGUGGAUGGCAUCAUUGUGACAAAGAUGGUCGUCCGCUUUACAUUUUACGACUUGGACAAAUGGACGUCAAAGGUUUACUGAAAUCGAUCGGGGAAGAUGAAUUAUUGCUGUUGGCUUUACAUAUUUGUGAAGAAGGGUUGUCGCUAAUGGAAGAGGCUACUACUGUACUAGGACAUCCAGUGUCUCAGUGGUGUUUACUUAUCGAUCUCGAAGGAUUAAAUAUGCGUCAUCUAUGGCGUCCUGGAAUUAAAGCUUUACUGCGAAUAAUUGAAAUUGUCGAAGCGAAUUACCCAGAAACAAUGGGUAGAGUCUUAAUAAUACGUGCUCCUCGAUGUUUCCCAAUACUAUGGACACUAAUUAGUACAUUUAUACAUGAAAAUACAAGAAAUAAAUUUAUAUUUUACUGUGGAACUGACUACCAAGAACAAAAUGAAGGAGGAUUAACCGAUUACAUUGACGCUGAAUAUAUUCCUGAUUUUCUUGGUGGGCCAUCUGAGGACAGUAUUUUGGUCGAUGAAUUAACAAUACCAACUCGGUAUUACAGUAACACCGUGACAAGUAAUAACACUUAUGUUAUGGAAGGCGGAGUUGUGCCCAAGAGUUUGUACAGAUUGGAUUUGGAAGCAGCUUCAAAUGACCAUGAACAUAGUUUGUAUCAUUCUAUAAGUUUAGCACAUGGUCAAGUUCAUCAUGUUGCUAUCAACACUAAUGAUCCGGGUGCUGUACUUACUUGGGACUUUGAUGUUAUGCGUCACAAUGUUAUCUUCACUGUUUUACAUGAAAAACAAGAUGCUACUGAUAUCAAUGAGUCAUUAGAAAUAACAACAGCUGAUUCUGAUGCAUUGAAAGAGUGGAAAGACGGUGUCAACUGUGUUAAAGUUGAAUCGAGUGUUGUUUGUCACGAUGGAGAAAGCAUUCAGGGUACACAUAUAAUCCAAGAACCGGGAACAUAUAUUUUGCAAUGGAAAAAUCCGGAUGAGGGUGAAUUUCUACCUUCAAUAAGCUCGCAUAAAGCUCAACUUAUGUACUUUUACGAAGUACUACCAUCUGCGCAUUAUAGGGGAUCAAUGAUGAGCCUUCAGUCAGCUGUAAGUGGACGCUCUGUUGCGAGUUCCUCUCUGUCCAGAUGAGAGAUAGAUGUCCGUAAAGGAAUCAACAUUGAUCCAAUUCCUGAUACGUAAAGAUAAUAAUAAUCAUAAUGAUUAAUUCAUACGUCAAUUCACAACAAUGCAGAGUGAACAAUUUUUAUUUGAAAUAAAUUUAGUUCUCGGUGAACUAAAUUGAUUUAAUAAUUGUGUGUCAAAGUAAUAUCAAUCACGAAUUAUUACAUUAAUUAACUAACAAAUUAAUAAUUAUUAACAAUAAUAAACAAAGAAACAAAUAAUACUAUUAAUAUACAUACAAUUAAAAGGUGUUGGGAGUUAUACGUUGAUAAAUUAUUUUCAUACAUAAAAAUAUUACGUAAGUACGUAAAAUAAUUUAUAAAAAAAAAUGAUCCAUGAUCGCUCCAUAGUAUGCAUAAGAGAAAAAUCAUAUAUAUUUUUAAUUUGAAAAAAAAAUAAAUUUAUAAAUAUAAUACUGAUCUCUUCCAUCGCAGGAAUAUUAAUAAAUUAAUUUAUUGGUUAAUUACGAUUAAUCAAGAGCAAGAUCAAUUGAAUCUGACGAAGCGGUUAAUAAGUAUUAAAAAAAAAGCUAUAUAUAAAAAAAA